CGGGCAAAAAAAUCCCGAUGCUGGGCGCUCGAACGCCUGUCGGGGCAAAGACCCCGUAGGGUUUAAGUUUUAUCACGGGCUGUCUCUGCCUGGUAAUGCAUGAUCGUCAUUUCAAUCUUAAUGGCUUACCGCCCUUUCUCUGUUCUGCUCAUCAGACGCAUCUCUCUCUUUCCCUUGAACCCUAAACCCCCUGCACCUACAAGCUCCUUCUACCUCUCCGAGCUUCUGACGUCUAAAUCCUAUUCAACUUCUCAAGACCCUGCCACUGAUCCCAAGCCCACUAGCCUUUCUGCCCGUCUUAGCUUCGUCUUUGAUCAAAUCGACGCCAUUGAGAAAGAACGCGACCAAAAGCACCAAACUCUUCAACGAAUUCGAGCCUGGCGAGAGUCUAAGAAGACGCAGUUGCCGCCCAGUGACACUAAGGGACCAGAAUCAGAAAUAGGAUCUGCAGCUAAUGUCAACCCCAAUCCCAUCGAUGCCGGUUUAUCUGAGUCGAAGUUGGAGGCGACGAGGGGGGCAGCGAAGUGUGGUGAAUUGGCGAAGAAGGAGGUUGAGGUGUUGCACCCGUGGCCGGAGUGGAUCGAAUUGAUGCAGAGGUUGGUUCAGCAGAAUUAUUUUGAUCAUAGGAGAAGGGACGAGGAUAAACUGGUUCAGGAUUUGGGGUUCGAUUGUGCCGGGCUGGCAGAUGAUGCGGGACUUGAUUUCAUUAAGGAUUUCAAGAGCGUGCAAACCGCCUGCCUCAAUUUUGGGAAAGACCGUUUCGACAUAUUAAGGUCCUUGUCGAGGCAAGACAUUCAAAUUCUGGUUGGUUUCGGAUGCCCAACUGCAGAUGGAAAAGUGGUUUUCUCUGCUAAACUUCUAAGGAAGCUUGUCCACCUUGAUGAAGGAGAUGUCUGUAGUUCCUGCAGCUUGAGAAGCUCUUGUGAAAGGGCGUAUCUGCUUACAAACAAAGAGGAUGAGGCACGGACCAUUGAUGUCAUGCGGGUCUUGUUGAUGUUUGGCUUUGAUCCUGUGAAUGGAUCAUCCGUCACUAGGUCACUUCUAAAGCAAAAGUGUGUGAAAACUGUAGUCCGUAAGCUGCUUCAUGAGGUUGUGAAGUUGAGUUCAGUUCCUAUAGAUCCAAAUCUGCCCCCUCCUGUCAUCAAAAAGCCCCCACCAAAACUGAAGCAACCUCCUCCUCCUCCAAAGAAACGUGUUGGACGAGAUGAUGUUGAAAUGAAAAAAGGAGACUGGCUUUGUCCAAAGUGUGAUUUCAUGAAUUUUGCAAAGAAUACUGUUUGCUUACAGUGCGAUGCCAAACGUCCAAAAAGACAGUUGUUGCCAGGAGAAUGGGAAUGUCCUGAGUGCAACUUCUUGAAUUACAGGAGGAACAUGGCAUGCUUUCAUUGUGAGUGUAAACGCCCACCUGAUGAAUUUCUGGAGAAUAAAAUUCAAGAUAAACAGCGUACUUCCAAACCAGGGAUGGAUAAUAGGAUGUCCAGCCAGCGGGACGUUUCCAAUGCAUGGAAUUUUGAUUUUGAUGAUGAUGAAUCAGAUGGUGCAGAUGUUGCAGCUUUUGAGUAUGCAGAUGCUCAUGCAAUAGAUGAAGAUUUUCCUUCAGAUACCCAGGCUCAGCAUGGGAAUUUUGGACGGCAUGAAGGUGAAUUUGAGGUAACUGAUAGAGUGCAAGGAUCUGGUGGUGGAGAAUAUUCUAAUCCCAGUCUUGAUAGGCCUGGACUAGGAUUUGAUGAUUUUGAGGAUGAAGAUGAUAUAGAUAGUUAUGAGCUAGAGCACAAUGAUAGUGCUGGAGCGAAAACUUCUGAAGAUGAUUUUUCAGAAUUUGAGGACUCUUCAGAUGAACAGCGGUCCAUUCAUUCUAAGUCUGGUCGUUUUUCACAGAAAGGCAAAGGUAGGGUUCGAACCAAGAAAUUAAGCUUUGGUUCUGAGGAUGAUGAUCUCACUUUUGAUUUGGAAGAACAACGGUCCAUUCAUUCUAAAUUUAAAUCAGGCCGCGGUUCCGGUACUGCACAAAAAGGCAAAGGCAAAGGUCAAACCAAGAAAUUAAGCUUUGGUUCUGAUACUGAUGAAGACUAUGUAGGUGGCCUCUACUCUGAUGAGGAUGAGGAUUUAAACGAGGUAUAUGCUUCAAGACGAAAUAAUGGGAACAAGCACGCUUCCGGAAGGAGAAACUUCAGUAGAGACAGACAGCCCAAGUCUAAUGGUUCUCACCGAGCAAACUUGUUCAGUGAUGACUUUGAAGGAUCAUCCCGGCAGUCUUAUGGUAACAGAAGAGAGUCUAAAGGAAAAGGCCGUAACUGGCAGGUGGGGGAAGGCAGGAAGCAAGGCACACCAUACUUGAACAAAUCUCGCGGAGGACAAUCUGAAAAACAAGGAGGACGGUUUAACAAAUAUCGUAUGGAUGAGAAGGAUUUUGGUGAAUUUAGGAAUAGCAGACGUGUGAUUGAACGAUAGGGGCAUCAAAUACAUUUUCUUACUAGGUUCUCGUUAGAUUGGUGUUCUAUUAUAUUAUAAUAUAUAAUAUAUUCUAAUA